AACAAAAAAUAAAUAUAUGUACAUAUAUACAUACAUGUGUGCGUAAAUAUACAACAAAAACAAUAGAAAAUAGCCAGCUGACACUGAAACAAUGAAAGUUGAAGAUCGAACUAUCGCCCAUCUCUAACGCGCUCUGUUUACCAAUAAGCCGCUGCGCGCUUGUAUGCGUGUGCAUGUGCAUGUGCAUGUGUGGGUGCGUAUGUGUGCGUGCGUGUGGGAUGAGCUAGGAGAGAAAAAUGAAAACGGCGCCAACGAUAAGUGAAAUUCGUGCAAAGAGAGCACGAAAAUCGAAGACAAAACGCAAAGUCAAACGAACGCCGCCAAUUGAGACCAUCGGAAAAAAAUAGAGCCGCAUGCAAAAUACCAAAGAAAAUUGUGGAAAGAUCAUAAAUAAACGAAAUAACGAUCGCGAUCGCGAUCGGGAUCGAAAGCGGGAUUGGGACUGGGAUUUUUGCCACAGCGCAAUAUAAAUAUAAAUAAGUAAAAGUGAAGAAAAACGCGCGAAAGAAGCAAAAACAGCGAGGAAAAGAAAGACAGAGAGCUACAUAAAGAUCGCGAUCGAGAUCGGGAGGCAUGGCGAGCAAGCGGCUAAGUCUGAUGCUGGAGGAGCAACUGCACUCCAACGAUGGCGUCGCCAGUCUGGAACAGCGCUCGGCCAAGCGGCACAAGGCGAGCGACGAAUCGCCAUUGCAGCGCAUGCUGCAUCGCCAGAUCUCCGGCGGCAACUGCACCGUCCACCUCUCGCCAAUCACCGAGCUGGCGCACAAUAUGCGCGACACUCAGCUGGAUGGCGGCGGCUGCGGGACGCCCAAGUCGAGCACACUGCGCAGCUACAGCAGCAUCUCGUCCAGCUACGACUCCAGCAACUCGCUGGAUGACGAAUAUAUGGCCAUGUUUGAGCUGGAGGCACUGGAGCAGCGGCCGCCGGACAAGCUGCCCGGCGAUCUGGAUGCACUGAUCAGCGGACAGCUGAAGAGCACCAGCGUGUGCACGGAACGCAAUCGCACCGUACGCCGUUGCCUCAGCAUGUCCGAGCAGCAACUGGAGGAGGAGCAGGAUCAGCUGCAGCAGCAGCACCACGAUCAGCAGCAGAAGGUUUCAUCUCUGGCCGUGACGCCGGUUAAGACGAGCAACGUUAGCAUGCGCAAAGCCGUCUCCAUGAACGAUGCGGACAUCAUGAACGCCCUGGCCGACGAGCCGGAGCUGAUCGGGGAUCUCAGUAAGCCGUGUGCCCUGCCCGUGCUGCUGCACGGCGUGCGGCAUCGCGAUCUGAAGACCAUCUCGUGCGAGACGCUGGCGCGUCUAAUGCGCGGCGAGUUCGCCGAACUGCAGAAUCACUACCAGAUCAUUGACUGUCGCUAUCCAUACGAAUACGACGGCGGUCACAUACGUGGCGCCCUCAAUCUCUAUACGCGCGCCCAGAUCAAGGACGCCUUCCCACCGUGCGAUCAGGUCGCUGGCCAGCAUCGCAUCUACGUCUUCCACUGCGAAUUCUCCUCGGAGCGUGGACCGAAACUGUUGCGCUACUUGCGCAGCAACGAUCGCAACGAGCACACCCACAACUAUCCCACGCUCGACUAUCCGGAACUGUAUCUGCUGCACAACGGCUACAAGGAGUUCUAUGCCAGCUAUACGGAUCUCUGUGAGCCCUGCGCCUAUGUGCCGAUGCUGGCGCCAGCCCACAAUGAGGAGUAUCGUCUGUUUCGGGCCAAGACCAAGUCGUGGCAGUGCGCCGAUAGCGAUGGCGGCGACAGCGGCAUUGGCGGCACAGAUGGCCACUCAUCCUCCUCCUCUUCGUUCUCGAGACGUGGACGCACUCUGCACAAAUCACGAUCCCGCCUGCUCUAUGCCGAAGAAUAGAAUACCCAGAGAUAUAUGGCCAUGAUGGAGCUCAAUCAAACGAUCUAGAAUUUAGAGUGUCGUUCUGUUGCAUUGAUGAUGCGCAGCGUUGCCAGACUGUUUCAACAUUCGAGCCAUUCGUAUAAGAUCUAGUUAGUUUAGAUGUUUAACCCAAAGGACGCAAAUUUGAAGUUUCGUUAAGUUGAUGCGUUUUCCCAUAUAUGUUAAGUGGAAUUUAUGUAAUUGUUUAACUUGAUUUUACGCUUUACGGUUAGCUGUUAACGGUUUACGAUUUACGGUUCUGGUUCAUUGUUAACAGUUCUCAAAUGUUACCCCAAAAAUGUCCUCUAGUCAGUGCAACAAAAUUCAUAUAUUUAAGCUAUUUUCGAUUAUCAUCCUUAUGUAUGUGUGUGUUUAUCUUCCAUUCCUUCUUUAUUUUCCUUUGGCGUUUAGUUAAAUUUAAUUUUUCAAAUUUUCUUUAUGUUUAAUUAUAUUGAUAAUAAUAAAAUUAUUCGAAGCAACCAGUUUCCAAAUCGGA